AUGGCCAUAGUGCGCGAGAGGCUUUUAGCGCGACCUUCGUCUGCCACCACGGUCUCUUCCAUUCAGCCGUACGCAGAAAUGCUCCUGAGAGCGCGAGGGCCUGUUGCGAGCUCGUGCGCUUUGGCUUUGGCUUCGAUGACUCUUAAUGGACAGCUCAAAAACGGCACUCGAUCCCUCGGUCGUCGGGCUGCUCUCAUACGCGCUGUGUGGGGCCAUGCGCGCUCCUGCAAUUGCAAAUCUUGCAAAGCAGAGGAUCAGGACGAGUAUUGUCUGCUUGCGGUGACCGCCAUCCCAGCCAUGCCAUUACAACCACUACAACCACUCUGCACUUUCCACGAGCAAGAAGCCGCCAUCUGCGCUCGACCGCAGCCCAUCUGCGUCAGGUCCGACCGUGUUUCGAAUCUUGCUAAGGCUGUGCUCGUCGCGCGAGACCGCGAGAUCGUGGCUUCGCCCACAAGAUGUCCCCGAGUGGACACGUACAAUGAUUCAAAAGAGACGAGCGGGAAGUGCAUUGUCUGUUCAGCUUCCGGUCGUGCAUCGAAUGUUCGUGAUGGGGUGGGGCAUGAACGUGACGCCGCAGAAGCAGAAGCGUCCGAAGCUAGGCGAGUGAACGACCUUGCCUCGAUAGCUCAGUGCGAGAUGCCACCGGCGUGGACUGCAUCGUUGUUGGUGUCUAUGUACGCCCGACUGGCACGCCGCCGUGCGCACAGUACGACUGGGUAUAUUGUGCGACUGGUGCGCGAUGACGAGCGCCGAUCUCUCAGCGAUCGUACUUGCUGUGCGUGCAUAUCGAUGCGCGGGCUGGUAACUCGACGGCAAUACAUUGGAAUUUUGCAAUCCAAAUCGGGCAUGACAGUGGCAGAAUCCGUACAUGUGUCUGGGAGCCUGUUUGACGGGGAAUCAACCAACUAUUUGAGUGCUAGCGCGAUGACGCUCGGACGACAAAGCGUUUCCGUGAAUUGCCGCAAGAACUUGGAGGAAACCCUGUUUUUCACACAGCGAUAUCUAGGAUUUCUCCACCACACGCGCUACUCUGUUCAUCUCGUAACGGACGCAUCUGGAACCUUGUCGGGCGUGAAUCGGUGCCCCUUCGAUCUUGGGUACGGAGCCCUGCGUACGGGACCGCGAGUCCCAGUCUCGACGACGGGCUCAGAAUCCGCAGCCAGCCCUGUCGGUUUCAGCUACUGGACGAUUGCAUUCCCUGGCGUCACUCGUGUCAUUUGGAAUCGUGGCUGCGCGGCGCGGCCGCAGUGUCCUGGUGUUGACGCUCGCGGGCGUCGUAUGCUAGGAACCUACGGAGGCCAUGAUUUGCUGGAUCGUAAAGAGACACAACUCGCAGUCCCGGCAACGCGAUGCAAUCGCUUCAUCGUCAUGAAAACGGCUAGUAUAUCGUGGACGAUGGUCAACGACAAUUAUGCCGCCUUGUCAAGACAAAUAUGGGAUACGUCAUUGAGCAAGUGGUCACGGCAGAUUUUCCCCUUGGUCCACGGUAUAGAUAACCCUUACGGUGUCCAGCGCAUACUUUUGAUUGACUUGGUGGUGGCCGAUGGCAAUAUUGCCACAAGAUGGUGGACACGUUCAUCAGGCUAUACAGACUCGCAAUGGUGGAUUCCCAAUGGGGCAUGGAUAGUCAUCUGGAGCUGUAACAGGGUGAAAUUGGGGGCUGAACUACUCACGUAUGAACAGCUCUUCUGGGAGUCGAACGCCGAUGUAGAAUCAGAGAAGCACAGUGUUAGCGAUGCCAUCGUCGACCACAACAAACUCCAAACAAUAACACAGACCGCGUCGCUGUACGAUGGGGCUAAAAAAGCGGCUGUUGCCCUCAAAAUCAACACUCAGUCAAUGCACGUUCUUGGUCGUUACCCUUUCAAAGGCGCAUCACCUGAGGCUUCAGCAUUGAGUAGAAAUCUUUGCCAAUCUACUCCGAUGUUCACCUUGCAGCGCCACGCCACCCGCGAAGACGAUUUGAAAAGAUCGGGCGCCCAUUGCGGAGAGUGCGGCUUGCCAGAGGCGAAGUGGGUUUGGUCAAGUGAGGUACAUCGAAUGAGACCGAACUACCAGAUCAAGAGUAGGUGGUUCUUGUCAGGUCCGAUGAACGGCAAAUACGGCUCCGCGAACAGCGCAGGGGAUCGGUGA